AUGAGCGAUAACCAUAACGUGGCAAGUUCCGCCUCACAAAAGGAAUUUGGUCAUUUGGCACCUUGGCACCGCAUGGUUCUGUGCGGCUCGCAGGGGCAAAUACGGGCGAUCACCGGCUGCGCCGAGACUCAGCUUAUCAUUUCUUACAGCUAUGUACUUCAACGUCAAGAUAUACCAGUCCAAAGUACCUCUUUCCCCUAUUCGCCGCCCUAUGUCCACAUUGAGGCUUGCCUGGAAACCGCCACCAAGGCAUGUCCAGCCCAGCCCCCAGUCCACAAUCUGGUCACGCAGCUAGGGAGUUGA